AUGAUUAGGAACGCGAUUGCUAAAGGCAACUCAUCCGGAGCCGUCGGCGGCGCAGCAUCAGCAUCCAAUCGCCGCGGCAAGCUGACAUGCAGUGCAUGGGUGUGGGUGGUGGUGAGCGCGGUGAUGACGGUUGGUCACCUGGUGCAUGUGGUGGUGCAGGAUGGCGAUCAUUCCAUGGAGGGGCGCCAAGCCUAUUCUUUUCAGAAGGAGUCUCCCACUGCACGCACAAUUCCCUCUGUAACGGGCAGCUGCGACGACCACCUACACUGUCACCGAAUUGCAUCUGACUCGGCACGUGUCCUCCACCACGCCAUGGACGACAAGGAUAAUGCAAACCCGACCAUCCUAAACCCCUCUGAUCUCCCUUCCCGCCGCAGCGAGACAACGGUGAAGCGACGUGACAACGGCAGCACGGGCCUGUUCGACGACCUGAUUCCGCGCUACAACUAUCUCAACGACCCGUUUGAGGAAGCCGUUUCAGCAAGUGAUUCUGAUGAUGAGGAUGUCGCCGUAGAGAGCAUCGACGAGCAGGAAAUCUAUGACCUCAUUUCCACCAUCUGUGACCCUGAACAUCCUCUCUCGCUCGGGUCCCUCUCCGUCGUCAAUCUGCCGGACAUUCACAUCCUCCCGCCGACUUCCCCGCUUUCGUCCAUCAGCACCGUGGUCGUCGAGAUCACGCCGACAAUUACCCACUGCUCGCUAGCAACCGUCAUUGGUCUGGGUGUGCGCGUACGCCUUGAACAGGCCCUGCCGCCACGCUUUCGUGUCGACGUCCGCAUAAAGAAGGGCACCCACAGCACGGACGAGCAGGUGAACAAGCAGCUCGGAGACAAGGAGAGAGUCGCUGCUGCUCUCGAGAAUGGGACCUUGAUGGGGGUUCUUCGGAAGAUGCUGGAGACGUGCGAGUAGAGCACAUCGCUUGCUUCUAUUUCGACGACUUCUAUUCUGAUAAUAGACGACUUGUUUGCCGAUCAA